GCUCAUUAAUAAGGCAUUUUUAUUCAAGUUUGAAAAAUACAGACAACGGCUUUGUUUGCGCUAAAUCCGACAAAAUAUAUAGGUCGCAGGCGGGUUAUCUUGCUCGUAUAUUCCAGCGUAUUUUUUAAACAUCUUGUAAUCAACGGUUGGAGAGUUUUUUCUAUAUCGUAGUAUAAAUCAACACUUAAGAAGCGGAAUUUAAAUGGCUUCUAAUACUUCACAUAACUCUUUGCCCACCGUUCACACUGACAGCCAAUCAGGGGAGUUUGUCCCGCUCGAGAUAUUUGUCACCAACGACCAGAGAAGAAUAGCAGAGAUCAUUAUUGACCUGAGCUUCAGUUUCAUAGUUGCCUGCGUUGGCAUAGUCACCAACAUCCUCGUGGUGAUCGUGUUUUCCAAGCAGGGUUUCAAGGACAGCGUGUCCGUCUCCAUGACGAUCAUCGCCUGCUGGGAUUUCUUCAAGUGCGUCGCGGGCGUGCUGCAGCGCUUGCCGGGACCAAUGAGCCUGGCCUCGGCCGCUCUCGCCAAGAGCUGGUCGAACAUCUCCGCCAUCGAGUUCAACUAUUUCUUGUCCUUCUCCACCUACGUGGCGAGCGUCCUGGCAGCGUACGUCUCCGUCGAGCGCUGCCUUUGCGUCAGCAUGCCUUUCAAGGUGAAGGAACUCAUCACGCCCAAGGUGGCGCUCUUCUUCGGGCUCCUCAUUUCCGCCGUGGUUUUUGGCUGCUUUAUGGUCAUGUUCUUCGUCUACGACAUUGUCUGGAUCUUCAGCGACCACUACAACGCCACCAUCGCCGUCUACGUGAACAACGUCUUCUUCAGCCGGAACCCCGGACCUCUGUUUCAGUACUACAAUCUGUCAGGGAUCGUCUGGCCUACCUCGAGCCUGGGGAUCAUCGCCGGAUCCACCGCCAUCAUUGCUUAUCACCUCCGGAAGUCGUCGCAGUUCCGAUUGAAGUCGGCCUCGGCAGGGCAGACGUGGGACUCCAAUAUAGAGUGUUCCAAAGAAACGAAAGCCAAAUUUAGCAAAUCAACUGGCCAGCAGAAUCAAAUGUCCACACGAGACAGGCAGGUGGUCAAGAUGCUUCUGGUGGUCAUGUGCGUCAACUUGGUCAUGCUGACCCCUCGCAUCGUCCACUACACGGUCAAAUAUUUCAUCUACGAGUUCUACUUCCUAAGGACGUAUCACAAUAUAUUCAUUUGUAUGACCUACUUCUUGGCGGCCUUUGACCUCAUCGAUGCCGCCAUUCCUUUGUUUAUUUUCUAUCCCAUGAGCACCUCCUUCAGAACAACCUUCAACGACAUUUUCAGAUGUGUCUGCGUUACGAACAAGGCCGAACCCAACUGAGCGUAUAGGUCAAGACAGUUUUCCUCUAAGAACUAAGACAGACGAACCAAUAUAAUUUCAA